AUGACUGCUGCAGCCAUGCAAACACCCGCCAUCCCGCCCCGUCCUGUCAAGGACAAGGACGAUCUAUCGCCUCCCAAGAUUCCUCCCCGUCCUAGCAAGCGUUUCGACCGCUCGAUAUCCCCCAACCCCGACCGCUUCGCCCCGUCACCGUUCAACGAGGGCAUCCCCCAAAAGAGCCCCAAGACUCUCCGCUUCAGCCCCAACGACAAUGCCCAGGAGCAGGACCCCAUUGACCGCUCCGGCAGCGUCCCCAUGCCAUCUAUCGGUCAGGAGGGUCUCGAGUACAGCACCAUUGCCAACGAGCUCAAGGCAGAAGAGGAGGAGACUGGUGAGAAGCCCCAAGCUGCUUCACCUGAACAAACCCGCACCGUCGCCAAAGACCUGAAGCUCCAUGCCCCCAAGCCGUCGCUUCCUGCCCACAGCGCCAAGCAGCGCGUCCAGGCUGUCACCCGCACCGACUCUGACAAGGCCGCCUCUUUCGGCAUUGGCCGUCCUACCUCUCGCGACGGUGUUAAGAAGAAGGCCAGCACAAGCUUUUCAGCUAGCGAAGGUCGCCCUGAGAUCGAGGAUGAGCAAGGCAUCCCCGAGAUUGGCCAGCGCGUGCCCAUGAACCCCCAUCUCGGCGAUGUCCAGGCUCCUUCUCCCGCUCCUGGUUCUGAUGAGCCCAAGAAGCACCACCACCGCAAGCACAGCUCCCGUGGUGGACCUCCUGGCAGUUACGGUCUUCACGGUCACGGAGUUGCGCCCCAGGACAAGCUCGACAAGGAAUACUACGACAAGCAUCCUGAUGCGCUGAAGAGGGAGCAUCAGACACCUCUGCAUGAUCGCCAGAACGACUAUGCCCUCAGCAGCAACGACCUGAACAAGCUCGUCAGGGACACGCGGAGUCGUGGAUCUGGUCUCGCCUCCGAGUACCAAUCUACUCCCACCGAGGAGGUCGGCUUCCAGGCCAGUGAAGAGUAUGCUUCUCGUCUGUCUCCUCGUCCCGCUUCUGGAGCUCCUGCAGACAAGAUUCAGCCUCUCUCGUUCAAGUCGGAGAUUACUGGUCCCGACGGUGAGAGCACUGUUCAUGUUGAUGAUCCCAAGCACCCCGAAUACCGCUCUUACGGUGAUGAGGAGGCUGCUGUCGAUGAUGAGGAUCACGAGUACACUGCACCUAUCCUUGCUUCUGACGAAGUUGAAAAGGAGGGCAGCUUCCACCAGCAGCCUGCUGUCCACCCCCCUCCUGAACGUCGAGGUAGCGCCAGUGAGAUCGAGGAACCCACCAGCCGACCCUUGAGCCGAUCAAGUAGGCCCAAGAGCCGACCUACCAGUAUCUACAAGAACAACGACCAAGAGUUUGUGCCUUCUCCUCUGGAUGAUGUCAAGGAGUACGAACCUCUUUUCCCCGAAGAAGCCAAGGAGCCAGAAAAGCCAGCGUCCGAGAAGCCGUCCGAGAAGGCCCGGCAUUUCUUCCCCAGCAAGGACGUCUGGGAGGAUGCUCCAAGCAGUGUACAUUAUACUGCCGAGGUCUCAACACCAGACGAGCAAGCUGAGGCACAAAAGUCCGUGGACCGCCCCAAGACACCUGCUCACAUCUUUGCCCAGAAGCAAGAGGAGCUUGCGGAGCAAGAGAGUGCUACCGACGUUCCCAAAGCCCAGGAAAAGCCCAUCUGGACGGAAUCAAAAGAGUCCGACUCGUUCCUCAGCGCUAAGAAGAGACCUUCCGCCGGUCGGCGAUUCCCUAGCCGAGAUGUAUGGGAAGAUGUUCCAGAGAGUCAGCUGUAUGAGGCUACCGUCUCUGAAACGCCAGAGGAAAAGCCUGAGAUUUUAGAGGAAAAGAAGCCCGAGAUUCCAGCCCGACCCAAAAAGACAGAGGACCGCCCGGCUGUUCCUGAUCGACCCAAGCCCAAGAAGACCCCGAGCGACGAAGGAAAGCCAAAGCCACCUGUAUCCGACAAGCCAAAGCCUCAGAUUCCUCCUCGCCCGGAUGUCAAGUCAAAGCCCCCAGUGCCUAGCAGACCUGUCGGCAACAAGAUUGCUGCUCUGCAGGCAGGUUUUAUGAGUGACCUGAACAAGCGUCUUGCAAUUGGACCUCAAGCUCCCAAGAAGGAAGAGGCCAAGCCUCAGGAGGACGUCACCGAGGAGAAGGAAAAAGCCCCGCUUUCGGAUGCCCGGAAGGGCCGCGCUCGGGGCCCACAACGGCGAGCUCCGGCCCGAAGCCCCGCUGCGCCGGUCAAAACUACGGGUCCGUCCUUGACAUUUUCGAUUCCCCAGACACUUUGGUCAAUUGAUCCAGAGGGUUCUCUGUCCGUGUCUGGCGAUUCACUGGUGCCCGAGACGCCUGAGGUUGAGCCUGAGGUCAAGCCUGAAGCUGAGCCUGAAGCUGAGCCUGAAGCUGAGCCAGAGGUCAAACCGGAGGAGGUCAAGUCGGAUGAGGUUAAGCCAGAGGUCAAGGCUCCAGAGCCUGUAGAACAGCCUGCAGAAGUCGAACCUGAAGUGAUUCAGGCUGAGACUGAGACUACAAAGCCAGAGCCUGAACCGGAGGUUGAGGCUGAGUCUGCAGAGCCCGUUCCUCAGGAGCCCGCCGUGGAACCUCAGCCUGCAGCUGAAUCCAAGGAGCCUGAACCUCAGCCCGAAGCGCCCAAAGAGAUCAAGCCUGAAGAGGACAAGCCUGCAGAGGAAAAGACGCUCGUCGCCAACACAGCUGGUGAGAGUAUUCUAGAGACGACGGUUGAAAAGAAGGAUGGUGCAGUUGACCCAGUUGAGGUCGCUGACCAAGUGAAGCAGUAA